AAUACAAAAUCUUCCAGUACCACACAGAUUUUACUAGAACAUGCUAUAAAAAUUUAACAACUACAAUGUUCUACUACUUCCAUAAACCUUAUAAAAGACGAGAACUUUCACCAUUCACCACAUUUCAGUCUGUGUCUGCAAAGCAUUCAAGUCGAAGGACGGUUUUUACCACUGAUUAAAAAGUAUUUAAAGUUUGCGAAAGUUAAAAUAAUUUUUUUAAAAAGAUGUCCAUGUUUCCAUUCCACCUCGCUUCACAUAUGGAUGUUUUCGAAGAUCCUUUCUUCCACGGAGGUUUGGAACCGCGUUUUGGAUUGGGAUUGUUACCAAGCGAUUUCCAUACGAAUCGAAUUGUUCCUCGUUCUUCUACUCAUCAUUUGCCGACCGGUUAUCGUCGCCCAUGGGCAAUCGCACGUCAGGCAGCGCAUGAACUAGCCCAAGAUCAAAAGAAUUUACAUUUCGGAAAGGAUGGAUUCCAAGCUUGUGUUGAUGUUCAUCAUUUUGAACCAUCUGAGGUUACUGUGAAGACUGUUGAUCAUACCAUUGUCAUUGAAGGGAAACAUGAAGAAAGAGACGAUGGUCAUGGAUCGGUUGAACGUCAUUUCAUUCGCAAAUAUACUUUGAUGAAAGAAUAUGACAUAAACACAAUCCAAUCAUCAUUAUCUUCUGAUGGUGUUUUGACAAUCAAAGCACCACCACCACAAGCUAUCGCUAGUGGUGAACGUCACGUCCCUAUCACUCAUACAAAUGCACCGGCUCAUUUGAACAUAAAGCAUGGAUUGGGAUUGAUGACAUUGGGCACAAGGUAUUUGCAAAGGCAAAGUGCGACCGAUGUUGAACCAAAAACCUACAAGUUUGACUCAAAAGGAUUUACUGCUUUGGUUGAUGUCCAUUUGUUUGAACCGAAAGAAGUUUCAGUGAAAACUAUCGAUCAUGUUAUAGUUGUCGAAUGUAAACAUGAAUCGAAAGAAGAUGGGCAUGGUAGUGUUGAAAGGCAUUUCGUGAGAAAAUUCAGAUUGCCUAAUGAAUAUGACAUGUCAACUGUGAAAUCGAGUUUGUCUAAAGAUGGGAUAUUGGAAAUAGAAGCUCCAAAGCCUGUCACCCUUUCUGAAGAACGUCAUGUUGAAAUUGAAGAAACAGAAAAGCCAUCGCUUUUGAUGAGUCUCCUAUCAAAUCGAGCACAUUCAAUAUUCAAAAUGGACUUAUUUCCAUAUCCUUUCAACCCGAAUCCGUUUGAUAUUUUUGAAGAUCCUUUUCUUUACCAUGGAAUGGAGCCAAGAUUCGGGAUGGGGCUUUCACCAAGCGAUUUCCAAUCAGAUCGUAUAGUUCCACGCUCAACUGUUCAUCAUUUGCCGACCGGCUAUCGUCGUCCAUGGGCUAUUGCUAGACAAGCCGUCCAUGAAAUGGCAAAAAAUAAUAAAGCUUCGCUGUUUGGUAAAGAUGGAUUUCAAGCUUGCGUUGAUGUUCAUCAUUUUGAACCAUCUGAAAUAUCUGUUAAAACUUUUGACAACACUGUCAUCAUUGAAGGGAAACAUGAAGAAAGAGACGAUGGUCAUGGAUCGGUUGAACGUCAUUUCAUUCGCAAAUAUACUUUGAUGAAAGAAUAUGACAUAAACACAAUCCAAUCAUCAUUAUCUUCUGAUGGUGUUUUGACAAUCAAAGCACCACCACCACAAGCUAUCGCUAGUGGUGAACGUCACGUCCCUAUCACUCAUACAAAUGCACCAGCUCAUAUGAGUUUAAAGUCGAACAAGCCAUAUGAUGAUGACAAAAAAGAUAAGAAUACAUUUAAUUAUGAAUGUCAUACAAAUCACUUGAUUAAAAUUUUAUUAGCAUGUUCACGAGUGAAACAGGAAAUGGCCUACUUACCCUACGGAUGCAAUAUUUUCGAGGCGCCUUUUGAAACUGACUUCAAACACGGAAUGGCAGUAGCUUCAAAAGCAGGUUUUUCGGGCCCAUGGUCACUACCACGACAAACCUCGACCGAAAUUGAUCCCAAAACAUACAAGUUUGAUUCUAAAGGCUUCACAGCAGUUGUAGAUGUCCAUUUAUUUGACCCGAGAGAUAUAUCUGUAAAAACUAUUGAUCAUGCUAUUAUCGUUGAAUGCAAACAUGAUUCACAGGAGGACGGACAUGGUUGUGUUGAACAUUUUGUAAGAAAAUUCGUUUUGCCUGCAAACUACGACAUGUCCAUGGUAAAAUCGAGUUUGAAAGAUGGAAUAUUGCUAUUGGAAGCACCAAAACCAAUCAUAGAAGAACGACACAUCGAAAUUCAACAAUCGGAAAAGCCUUCGUUUUUGAUGAGUCUUCUGUCCAAUCGAGCUAACUCAAUGCUUCGACGAAUAGAAAGAAAAAACAUCAUGGAGUGUUCAUUAAAAUUAGUGAUUCUGUUAUCAUUGCUUGGUGUGAUUUCUGGAGCUUCAAAGCCAGUCACCGUCAAAGAUAACAACACUAGUCAAUUGGUAACUUCUAGCAUUUUAACGUGGGAAACUUUCAAUAACGAUCCAAAUCAAUUCAAACAUGCUGUGGUUGGUGGAUUAUUUACUGGCGAAGAAAACGGAAGGGCAUAUGUUUGUCGUGCAACUAUAAAUUCCGUUCCAGUUUCGGGUUAUGUUAAAAAACGAAAAGAAGAUUAUGUCUGCAUUAUCUCACAACAUUCACAAUUUCGAACGAAAGGUGCUUUCGACAUCUUAUUAAACAAAGGCGAUGGUGCAAAAUUGCAAUGGGUUAAAUGGGAGAAAUUAAUUCCAUUUGAUAGUAUUUCGGGUGCUGUCACAACAUUGAAUGGUGGAGGUUCGAGGAGUGAAGUCUAUUAUGUCGCUCGUCACUCAAAGACUCAUGAUAUGGAACACCAUGAGAUUGAUCAUGCCAUCGGAUUUUUCGAUUCUAACGAUGGUUUGGGGAAGAUUUAUGUGACAGUAGCAUCUGAUGAAAGUUCAUUUGAUAACGGAGAAAUCCUGACAGCAACUGAAGCUGUUCGUUAUGAACUUCAUGACAUUAAAUUUUCCCAAUUGAGACUUCGUCAAAAAUUUAACAGAACACUGUUAGGACAAACUGUUUUAAAGAAUGAAGGUGAAAAUGAGAUGGACGUAAGUGCAGUGAUUGGUUAUGAAUAUGAUAUUGUGAGAAACUUUGGAACUCAUGAUGGUAUUGCUAGAAGUAUAAACACAACAGCUUAUGUUCAGAAAACCGAACAAGUGAACUUCUUCUGGGGAAUUCAAAAAAAUGAACAUGCAGUAAGUUCUAAAGGUGUUACAACUCGACUUUUAUCUGGAACAGCUUUGAAUGUAACUUUAUGGGGAAAUUAUACGACAAAUGAAGGACCUUAUAAGGCGACAUUGAUCACACAUUGGGCUGAUGGAACAAAGUCAAAAAAGAAAAAGAUUGAAGUCUCAACGGGCUUGGAGCAAACACUCAACGAUCAAUUGGAGAUUGAAUAUAGUCCAACUUAUUGGCUUCACAACAACACUGUUGUGCCAACGACCACACAGAAAACUACGACCAGCACUAGUACACAAAGUGUUCAUAAAUCAAUCUUUUCAACAUCGAUGUCAAGUAGUGCUAUUGAAAGAAUUACAGAAAAGUCGUCGAUGGAUGAUGACGAUGACGAAUCGAAAAAAAGCAGCACUUCAACAUUGUCCAAGGUUUCAUAUAUGAGUCUGGUGAUUUUGAGUGUUUUAAAAGCUUCUCUUUAAGCUUAUUUAGAACAACAACUGCUUAUUUUCAAUUUAUUCUCUUGUAAACGAUCUUGUUCCUGCUGUCUAUUACCAACCUAGUUGAAGUUAAAAAUAUCUUAAUUUUAAACAUUUGAAAACGAAUCUCUUUUGAAAAACUUAGAUAUGAGAGCAGAUAUUUUUUCAUCAUUUUUCGAAUUAAGAAAGUAAAGUGCAUCAGUCAUUGAUUAUUUAAGUUACUAAGUAGAUGAAAAAAAUAUCUUUUUGACACUUUAUAAAGAAAAUAAAAACUUGAAGGAAAAAAAAUUACCAAACGUAAAGUGCCUGAUGCAUUCUAAUUAACAAAAAAAGGAAGAAAAGGAGUACAAAAUCAUCCUUCAUUAUAAUCCUUUUGAAGGAUUUCCAUCUUUACUUCAAGAACGUUAAAAAUGAGUAAAAAUUGGUUUGUCCAUUUUAUUUCCACUUGGUCGCGUUUUAAAUUUUUACUCGGUUAAAAUGUUUCACCAGCAGAGUUAAAACCGUUUUUAAUAAUUAAUUAUGCAUUCCAUCAUCAACUGCCUUGGUGAAGUUUUGCUACAGAGUAAUGAUUACAGUGAUGUAAUGGUUUUUAUAAUUUUAAUUCUUUUUUUUUAUGAAAAAUACCGAGAGUGUUUCUCAUUGCUGCUCGAAUUGGAGCCUUCAAUUCAUUUAUUUCAAGUAUCUUCUUUCGUCGUUAAGUUGUGUUAAAAAACGAAAGAUUAUCUAGUUGGGUUUUCUUUUGAUGCGAGUAUAAACAUGUAAAUAUUCAUUCAUUAACUUGAGAUGAGUUUUUCUGUCGGUUUUCAUUUCUUUCAUUGAUUGUUCUGUUAAACCAUUCGAAAGAUUCGGAGAAAAAGAAGUUAAAAAAAAGAAAAACUUGAUGCGAUGUCAAAUCUAAAAUUCCACUUGUGAAAGAGAGAAAUUAUUUCGUUAAAAUUUACAAGAAAAGUAAAGGAAAAAGAAGAGAACGAUUGGUUUGAACUCUAAGCUGUAAUUAAGUUAAAUUAAAAGAAAUUUCUGCGUCAGCCUACUUGAUGAAAAAUCACAAAAAGCAUAAAAAAAGCUUUGCGGCAUUAAUUAUCUACAAAUAUAUUUUAUGACUCAAGUAAGAGCUUAUGUUGCUAAGAAAUUAUUAAUGUCAACAGUUGAAAGCCGCUUCUUAGAUAUUAAUUAUCUUCAUUCUCCUAAUGACGACAAAGUCCAUAUACCUAUGAGCAAUGGCAACAAGAAAAUUAAAUAUUUAGUAGUUCGAGCUCUGUGAAUUAAUGGAUUGAGUUUUCGGGAUUAUUGUUGACAUGUAUUAUUUAAUCUGGAUUUGGGAUAAUCUCAAAGGAAUAAAUUUUAUUAAUAUUAAUCGAGAAAUAAAUUCAUAUGUUUUCAAAGCUUCAACUGCCAAACAUUAAACAUAAAUGAAAGAUUUAAUCAAAAAAUAUAUAAAAAGUGUGACAAAUGCUUCUCUAUUUUUUAUAAUCCUUGCGAUAUUGUAUUGAAACGUAGAGAAUAAGUAAGAAAAAUGAAUGAAAUUGUAAUGUUUAACAUUGAAUUAUGUAAAUCUUGCCAGCUUUGAUUGACGGACUAAGUGACAAAAAAUAUUGGAAAUGCAUGAUGCUUUGAAGCAAUGUGAAAAAUGAUUACUCAUUAACAGAAACUAUGAAAACUUUAAUUAAUACUUCAACGUAUCGUUUUAUUCUUGUGGAGUACAAAACCAAAUUUAAAAUAUUUUGAACACAAUAACAUCCAGCCGAUAAGAAAACUAUGUAAAGAAAAUUAAAUGAUAGAAAAAUAAUAAUAGAAAACAUCAUAUUUUGAGCUUCUGCAUGUUCAUUCAUUUCCUCAUUAAUUAAAUAUGAAAUAAAACAAAAAUAGUUUCCCGAUG